UACAAUAAAACCCUCAGGUACAUCUGCUUUGCAAUCUGCAAAUCCGCCCUCCUCCUCCUAGCUUCCAUCAGCCUCUCCAUCCUCCCACACCCACUCCCCAAAUCCACAGGGGACCUCGGCUCCUUCUGAUUGGUCGGGGAUGAGGCAACGAGGGGGGGACGGGAACAAUGUCAUCAUGUCGCCUUAAAAAGAGUGCAGCUAUGUUGUGGUGAAAGGACCUCGAGAGGAGAACACGGGAUCAAUAGCAGGAGGAAACAAACAAACAGAGAGAAAAAAGACGCAUCAGAUGGUUUGAUUUUGUGCGCGAGCGGCUGAAAGUGGUUUUCUUCUUCCCGCAGCGCCCAAAGUGCCUUCAGCUCCCCGCAAACAUGCCCAGAGGAUUCCUGGUAAAAAGGAACAAGAAAACCAACCCGGUGUCCUACCGGGUCCGCUCCGAGGACGAAGAAACGGACCAAACGGCGGCUGAUGCUCCGCCGCUGCUGCCGCCCUCCUCCUCCUCUUCAGCGCAUCUCGUCUCCAUCCCGGUGCGCGCGCUGACGCCUACGCCCACCUGCGGGGCGGCGGCUACGGCUCCGGAGCCGGAUGCUAAGCUGCAGUUCGGGAACCCGGAGGCGGUGUAUCAGUCUCUGUAGCCCACCCGCCCCGUCAGCCACGAGCACGACCGCUCCUACUCCGAGGCCCGCUUCAGCCUCGGCUCGCCGGUUUCCGCGGAGUCUUUUCCCACACCGGCAGCCAUCACCGCCCUGGAUCACCUCUUCGCCCCGGUGGACCUGAAGAUCGGCUCCAGCAACAGCAGCCGCCCCGAGAGCAGCUCGUCAUCCGCCGGGACGCUCCCCGCCGCUGCAACCGGUGGCUCCAAGCGCUGCGCCAACGACGCCGAGCGCAAAGGCAAGCCGCCGUCCAAGAAAACCAAAGCCAUCCGCAAACUGCACUUUGAGGAUGAUGUCACUACGUCUCCGGUUCUCGGGCUGAAGAUUAAAGAGGCGCCGGUGGACCAGAAACCUCCCCGAGCGCCACCGGCCGGAGGAGACCACGUCCCGCUGGGGGAGUUUGUGUGCCAGCUAUGCCGGGAGGCGUACGCAGACCCGUUCGCUUUGGCGCAGCACAAAUGCUCCAGGAUAGUCCGGGUUGAGUAUCGGUGUCCCGAGUGUGACAAGGUGUUCAGCUGCCCGGCCAACCUCGCCUCCCAUCGGCGCUGGCACAAACCGAAGCCGCAAAAUACGCCGAGCGACAAGGUGUCCGCGUCGAAGACGGCCUCGGAUGAAGCAAAGGAUUCUAGUGACAGGGACACACCCAGCCCCGAGCCGUCCGAGUCCGGUUCAGAGGACGGACUGUACGACUGCAGUCAGUGCGGGAAGAGGUUUAAGCGCCAAGCCUACCUGCGGAAACACCUGGCGUCGCAGCACGGGUCCCCAAAAGCGGCGGCGGAGGAGGACGCGGCGGGCUGCGAGCAGAGCGCGGCGCCGCUCAACCUGAGCGCCUCCUGCUGCCACCUGUGCCCCGUGUGUGGGGAGAACUUCACCAGCAGAGGCAGCCAGGAGCGGCACAUCCGCCUGCUGCAUUCCUCACAGGUGUACUCGUGCAAAUACUGCCCCGCAGUCUUCUACAGCUCACCGGGACUCACGAGGCACAUCAACAAAUGCCACCCGUCCGAGAACCGGCAGGUGAUCCUGCUGCAGAUGCCGCUCCGCCCCGCCUGCUGAUCCCGAACUGUGGACUGGCACACACCGGGAAUCAGAGUCCACCCGCGUGUUUCUUUUUGUUUUUAGGAUUUCAGAGUUCCACUGAAAAAUAAAAAACAUCUGUACCCUAAAGCACACUUCCUUAAACUGAGUAACAGAUGUAAAGAGGUUUGUGAGAAGUUGUAACUCUGGGAGUAAUUCUGUUUCACUGUAGCUAUAUAUCUCCAAAGGACAAAACCACACCGAAGUCCAAUCUUCCUCAAAGACACGUGAAAAAUGUGCUUAUUUGUGUCUUUUCGAGUAAAAAUUAUCGUCAAAUAAUUCACAUUUUCUGUGGUAAACAGAGAGCCAAGCAUGCUCUCACAUAUCCACUCACACGCAGCUUGCAAGGUUUCAGUGCCUUGCUCGAGGACACUUCAGCAACCUCUGGGUGUGUGUGUGUGUUUGACUCCUCCUGGCCUGUAACCCACACCCACGCCCACCCCAACAUCACUUAAAAUGAUCCUCAAAGCUCUUUAAAAAAAAAACGUUAGACUGUUAAUUUAUUUUUCUAGCAUCUCUGCACAAGUGCUAUUAGCUCCUAGACCUAAGAGAGGAGAUGACCUGUAGGAUAUAAAGCAGACUUCGCAGGCCUGAACAGACCUUAUCUCAUCACUCUGAUUAGCUUUAACAUAGCUCGUGGAUCUGUGGAUCAGUAGCUGUCGACUGAAAACAAAAGAGAGUAAAACUAGUGUAGCCGGUAAUGCCUUUGGAUUAGAGACUCCUGCUGUAAAACUGCCUUAAACUGACCUGAUUGUUUUUAUUUAUCACUGGCUGAGCAUAUGAUGAUAAUUAUUUUCUACAAAGCCUUCUGUAUUACCAGUAUACAGUAUAUCUAAUCUUUUUUCUAUUUAUUUAUGUAUUUAUUAAAUUAUUUGUGUAAGUUACUGCUUUGUGUGGUCGAACCUGUGAUCUGUCGCUGUGUUUUUUCAUCAUGUAGCCAAAUCCUUUUUAUUUCCUUUAACUUAUGUGAGGGCGGCGUGUUCAUGUGGCAUUAUAGCAAUCAGUGAGCCGCUCCUGAAGACAAACCGAAUGCAAUCAUGUUUUAAUUUAUUAUGAUGAUGAUGAUGAUUAUUUAUUUUGGUUUUGUUGUAACCCUUAGCUCUUAUACUGCUUUGGAUGUUUCUGCAGUAUUUUGCUAAAUGUCCAAAUAAAAAAAUAAAAUAAAAAAUAAAGACCAAACUGAG